AUGGCCGAUAAACAUAUUCGCGUUGCAUUGGUCGGCCUCUCACCGAAUGCCACUACAUCAUGGGCAGCAGUAGCCCAUCUCCCAUACCUUCAAUCCGCUCGAGGCAAGACUCAAUACAAAAUUGUCGCGCUUCUCAACUCCAGCAAAGAGGCAGCUGAAAAGGCUCGGUCCCACUUCAAUCUCUCUUCCGCCGUGAAAGCAUACGGCGAUCCUGCUCUGCUCGCCGCAGACGAUGAAGUCGAUCUUGUUUCAGUAGUCACCAGAGUUGACAAACACUACUCGGUCGCAGAGCCUUCCAUCAGGGCAGGAAAGGCUGUGUACGUCGAAUGGCCGCUGACUGGGAGCUUGGAGCGCAGCAUCGCUCUUCUGGGCGACAGCAAAGAACACGAAACCAGCAUCAUCGGCCUACAGGCACGGCUCUCGCCGGUAACCACCAAAGUCAAGGAAAUACUGGCAUCUGAUAGAAUUGGAAAAGUUCUUUCUAGCGAAGUACGUGGCUUCAGCGCUACCGCAUGGGGUAAACGACCUGGCACGAUUCUUGCUGGCGGCAUGGAAGACAUGUUUACUCAGCGAGCAAUUGGAGGUAACUUUGUUACUAUUCUGUACGCUCACAUGAUUGACCUUGUACACUUUGUGUUGGGGGAGUUCAAAGAUUCCCAUACCGCAACACAGCUUCGAUGGCCAGAGGUUGGAGUUGUCGAUGAGGCGGGAGCGCAGCUGCGGACUGUGCGAAGCGACAUUCCAGACCUCAUCACAGCUCACGGAGAGCUUGCCCCAGGUGCCGCAAAUAUUCAACAUGGCGCGACGUUAUCGGUUGUUUUCAGGAGUGGUAACCCAUUCAAGGGCGACCUACCCUUUGUGUGGUAUAUCCAGGGCCAAAACGGAGAACUGAAGAUAACAAAUCCUUUUGGGCCGGUCAUACAAGCAGCCACCAUACCUGGUAUCAAGAUCGAGCUUCAUGACUACGCCACGGAUGAGGUAACUGAAAUUUCGUGGGAAACAGAGUGGAAAGAAUGGCAACACGAGCUGCCAACACCAGGAGGAAAGUUGGUUGGAGAAAUGUAUAAUCGAUAUGCUCAGUGGUUUCAACAGGCAGAUCGUACGGCUAUUCCUGAGGGAGGAGACUGGCCAAGACUAAAAGAUGCUAUCCGCAGGCAUGAAGAGCUUGAUAGGCUUCUAAAAGACUUUGAUGAGUCUACUUAG